AUGCUUUAUGACAAGAAGAUUAUGGAAGUUAGUGUGUAUAAUUCAUCAACAUCCUUUAAUGACAUGUUGAGAAACAGCAAUUAUAAAAACAUGCAUCGAAGGCACACAACCCUUCGGGAGAAGGGCCGCAGGCAGGCCAUCCGGGGCCCAGCCUACAUGUUCAAUGAGAAAGGCACUAGCCUGACUGCAGAGGAGGAACGCUUUCUUGAUUCUGCAGAAUAUGGCAACAUUCCAGUCGUGCGAAAAAUGCUGGAGGAGUCCAAAACCUUGAACUUCAAUUGUGUUGAUUAUAUGGGACAAAAUGCCCUACAGUUAGCUGUAGGGAAUGAGCAUUUGGAAGUGACGGAGCUCCUCCUCAAAAAGGAGAAUCUAGCUCGAGUUGGGGAUGCGCUUUUGUUAGCCAUCAGUAAAGGAUACGUGCGCAUAGUGGAAGCAAUACUGAACCAUCCCGCCUUUGCACAAGGGCAGCGUCUCACACUCAGUCCCCUUGAGCAGGAACUGAGAGAUGACGAUUUUUACGCCUACGAUGAAGAUGGAACUAGGUUUUCCCAUGACAUUACCCCUAUCAUACUUGCAGCCCACUGCCAGGAGUAUGAAAUUGUUCACAUCUUACUUCUAAAAGGUGCACGGAUUGAAAGGCCACAUGACUAUUUUUGCAAGUGCAAUGAAUGUAUUGAGAAGCAGAGGAAAGACUCCUUUAGUCACUCUCGAUCGAGAAUGAAUGCCUACAAAGGAUUAGCCAGUGCUGCUUACUUGUCUCUUUCCAGCGAAGACCCCGUCCUUACUGCUUUAGAAUUAAGCAAUGAAUUGGCCAGACUAGCCAACAUUGAAACUGAAUUUAAGGUAACUUACUUGCAUGGCAUUUUUCGUGGUCAGAUGUGUUCAGUGUACUUCCAGUGUGUAUUUCACACAUUUGAUCAAGUUGUGUCUUGCACUCUUGGGGGGAGGAAACAGAAAGUAUAGAAAAUGUCUAUAUGUGUUCACAACACACAGAUCCA